CAAAAGACACUGCAGCAUUCAUCUCCUCUACUCAUCACCCGUCCUAUCAGGUUAGACACACACACACACACACACACACGGUUAAUAUGAGAGAACGUUUGGGACCUGUGCAGUGAAAGUAUGGAUGACGACCUGGUGAGUGUGGCCUACCUCCCUGGAGCUGGCAGAAGAGCCUGGGACUAUAUUAGUCUCUACCCCUGCCUGCUGUGUGACCCUGCUGGGGCACUGCCCAUCUGGAGAGAGGCCAGUCUGUCUGUGUGGGGAUGGGGGGGUCUAGGAGUGGUGCUGUUCCUCAUUACUUUUGGACCCUUCGCUGUCUUCUACCUAGCCUUCUAUAUCUUCUGCUUCGUAGGAGGUGGUUUUGCGGUCACUCUGUUGUUUGGGAAAACCAACUCAGAGAGACAUCUAGAGAGGUGUGAACACUCCUAUCUUCCGGCCACACAAACGGGUAUACUGAAGACAUUGGAGGAGAUGAGACUGGAGCCGAAGCCUAUACAGAUAGACAGGAGACUGACUGGCUCCAACUACAUAGACGAGCCUCUUCAACAGGUCAUCCAGUUUGCUUUGAGAGAUUAUAUCCAGUACUGGUAUUACACUCUGAGUGAGGAUGAUUCUUUUCUGCUGGAAAUCAGACAGACGGUCCAGAAUGCUCUGGUACAGUUCUCCACACGGUCUAAAGAGGUGGACUGGCAGCCUUAUUUGACCACCAGACUGGUGGAUGACUUUGCUACUCACCUUCGAGUCUUCAGAAAGGCCCAAGACAGACUGGAGGACAGUAAACAGAGGGACUUGUCGGAGGAGAUGGUGGAGUCAUUCUUUGAGGCGGAGGUGGAGAUGGAGAGGAACAUCUGUAGAGACGUGGUCUGUACCUCCCUGAAGGAUGAAGAAGGGUUCCUGAGGGAUCUGUGUGAGGUGCUGCUCUACCUGUUACUACCUCCUGGAGACUUCCACAACAAGAACAUGAGAUACUUCCUCAGGGAGAUUCUGGCGCGAGGCGUUCUCCUUCCCCUGGUCAACCAGCUGAGUGAUCCUGAUUACAUCAACCAGUUUGUUAUCUGGAUGAUCCGGGACUCGAGCUGUAACUACGAGGCUUUUAUGAACAUCUUGAAGCUGACAGACAGAGUGUCUGAACUGGAGGCUGUUAAAGACAAGGCCCUGGAGGAACUACAGUACCUACGAUCACUGGACACCGCAGGAGACGAUAUCAAUGUAAUAAAGAACCAGAUCAACAGUCUGAUGUUUGUGAAGAAGGUCUGUGAGACCAGGAUACAGAGGCUACAGUCUGGGAAGGAGGUGGAUGCUCUGAAACUAGCGGCAAACUUAGGCAAGCUGUGCAUCAUACCCCUGGAGCACAUUCUGGUACACAACAUCGCCCUGCAGUUCUUUAUGGACUACAUGCUGGUGGCUGGGGCCCAGGCAGAGCUGUUCUUCUGGCUGACAGUGGAGGGCUACAGAGUAACAGCCCAGCAACAACUAGAGGUGAUGGAGGGAUGGCAGAAGGAUGGAAGGAAGGGAGGAGACACGAAAGGACUGCUGAAGGCUGCAGCACUAGGGGUGUAUGAACAGUACUUAUCUGAUAAGGCGUCCCCCAGGGUGCAGGUAGAUGAGGCGUCUGUUCUCCAACUGGGAGAGAAGCUGCAGAAGGACAGCGACCCCACGCCAGAGAUAUUCGACGACAUCCAGACCAAGGUAUAUGACAUGAUGCUUCGUGAUGAGAGGUUCUACCCGUCGUUCAGACAGAGUCCUCUCUACAUCAGGAUGUUAGCUGAGCUGGACAUGCUCAAAGAACCCUCCUAUAGAGGAUCAGAUGACGGAGACGGAGAAUCGUUCAAUGGUUCUCCAACAGGAAGCAUUAAUCUGUCUCUGGAUGACCUGUCGAACUCCUGCCAUGAUGACAAUAUACAGCUACACGCCUUCAUCUCUGAUACAGGGGUGUGUAACGACCACGGCAAGACCUACGCCCUCUACGCCAUCACUGUGUUGCGCCGUAACCACGACGGCAGCGAAGACUCCUGGAAGACCUACCGACGCUACUCUGACUUCCACGAUUUCCACAUGAGGAUCACGGAGCAGGUGAAGUUUGAGAAUUUGACGGCGAUCCUGAAGCUGCCGGGGAAGAAGACGUUCAACAACAUGGACAGAGACUUCCUGGAGAGGAGGAAAAAGGACCUGAACUCGUACCUACAGCUGCUGCUGAAUCCAGAGAUGAUGAAGGCCUGUCCUACUCUGGUUCACUACGUCUACGACUUCCUGGAGAAUAAACAGUACAGCAAGGGGAAGGGAGAUUUCGCUCGCAAGAUGGAUACGUUUGUGAACCCACUGCGUAGCUCGAUGCGUAACGUGUCCAACGCUGUGAAGGGCCUGCCAGACAGUCUGGCUGGAGGGAUGAACAAGGCUGCUGACAACAUGGGACGCAUGUCAGAGAAACUGGGACAGGACAUAAAACAGGCCGUGUUCAAGGUGCCUCCAAUGCUCCCCAAGUCUGACUUUGACCCAGAGCACUGCCGAGUCUCGGCCCAGCUGGACGACAACGUAGAUGAUAACAUCCCCCUGCGUGUGAUGCUGCUGUUGAUGGAUGAGGUGUUUGACCUGAAGGAGAGGAACCAGUGGCUCCGCAGGAACAUCAAGAACCUUCUGCAGCAACUCAUCAGAGCCACAUACGGAGACACUAUCAACAGGAAGAUCGUGGAUCAUGUGGACUUCAUGACAGCUCCAGAACAGGUGGCCGACUACGUCAAGAAGUUCCGGGAUUCGUACUGGCCCAACGGAAUCCUGGCCGAGUCUCCACCACGCAGGGACAAGAACAUCCGCAUGAGGACGAGGGUCGCGGCCAAGACCAACCUAUUGGGAAUCAUGCCAGAUGAGUUGAAGCACAUCAUCGGGGCGGAUACGACUCGUAAGGGAAUCCUGCGUGUGUUUGACAUGUUCCAACACGGACCAAUGAAUCGUCGGCUGGUCUACGUGCUCCUAGAAGGCUUCCUGGAGACCAUGUUCCCUCACUACAAGUUCCCUGAGCUGUUUGUUAAACUCCACUCUCGCUCGCCGCGCACAGCCAGAUACACACAGAAAGGCAAGAGCACCUUCCCGAAGAGGUGACAGGAGACUGGAAGUGGGCAGGGUUACCGGGUGACACACGGUGUAAGAAAAAAGAGGGAGGAGAGUUGUGGGGAGGGUGUGUGCUGUUGAGAAGAGGUUAACGUGUGUGUGUGUGUGUGUUCUGCCCUCGUUUUGAAGGGAUUGUUGGGACCAUCCUAGUUGUUAACUCUGCCCUGCUCUCCACUUCCCCUACGUGCCUCACAAACACACUCCUGUAGCGUGGAUGAACUGAUUUGGGUUUGACUUGUUUUAUGCUAACUGGCACAGACUGGCACAGACUGGCACAGCUGCUCUGAUGAGAGCUGCUCUGAUAUGCCCAGCAGGUGAUCUCACUGCCUGAUACCAGGCCACGGAUACAGAAAUACAUGUACCGGUAUAGAAAUAGAUUGAUAGGGGAUGCCAUGGUUUGUGAGACAGAAAGCAUCAACCACAUCCGGUUCUGCAAUCUGUUUUUGUUGGCUUUUUUGGGGUUUUGUUUUUGUCAAUGUGACAUCAUCAUCCUGUCAUAAUCCUCUAGAACACGAGGAGGCUGAGUUUGAUCUAUAGUCCACUCCCCCUUUUUAAUGCGCCUGUCAGUAGCCAUGACAACCACAGCUCCAACUGUUUUUGUUUGUUUGUUUACGGGGAUGAUGGACAGCUCUACUGUGCUUCAUGUUAAUCAUGUGGGAAGCGGAAUGAACAGCUCCCCUGCCGGUGAGGCCUGGGUAAAUGUGAAAUGGCCCGUUCUAAUGGACUGACACAGUCUCAUAGUAAUCCACUACAUUUUGGAAUGAGACAGAAUGAAAUGACAAGCCAGACUGUGAAUGUUGCUGUCUGUAGAGUAGAAUGUACUCACUGGGCGUGUGUGUGUGUGUGUGUGUGUUUGAGAGUGUGUGUGUGUGUGUGUGUGUGUGUUUGAGAGUGUGUGUGUUUGAGAGUGCGUGUGUGUGUGGCAGUAAGAUGCAGCCCUCCCCAGUCAGACACUGUGCCAGUGUGGGGCCCAUGCUGUAGUAUCGUACCACUAAGUAACAAAGAGAAAACACACUGAUAUCCCUGCUAUAUCACACUUUCAUUCAGAGAAAAUGUCAUUUUGUGCAAUAUUUUUAUUUGACGCCUGAGUUUUUGAAUAAUUGUAUAAAAAUGGAAAAGUAUACCGUUUUGGAAAAAUUGUAGAAAAGGUGAAAGAAUUCUUCCCCCCUUCCCAAAGAAAUUCUAACCCUACAUUCCGUUGUAAAAAAAAAAAAAAUCAACAUUUAAUUGCAGACUCGUUUUAUACGUCUUUUUUAAUUUAAAUUUUACUCCUGAUGAAUGUGGUUUCCAUGCCGAUGUGUCAGCAAGAGUGAUCUAGCCAGUCGAGCUAAAGCCUCUGGAUAGAAAGCUAUAGUUCAUUGGUCUAGAGAUAUGGUGGAAGGGCUUAUUAUGCAUAUGAACCUGUUGAUUGGAGAGUGAACAGAAAUUAUUCACUGUUGUAAGAACCAAUGACAGGAGAGACUUUGGGUCAUCUGUCCAAUCAAAUCGCAGGAAAGCCAUGUUUCUGUAGAAUCACUGCUAAAUAACGCUUAGUACCGGAGUUCUUUCAUUCGCCGAACAGAGCUCCAUUCCACUGCUGCCAUUGGAUGGAACUGUCCCUCUGCUGUGAUUGGCUGGCACUGAACAGCUCUAGACUGUGAUUGGCAGUGUGAGGACAUUAAUUCUGAGCUGUGUGACUUUUAAAAGGAAGUGGAUAUUUGUCCGCGGACAGGAGAAGUGACAAGUGGAACCCCACAGGCCCCGCGUCAACAUUUUCCUGCGUUGUAUUAAUCAAUAAAUGAACGGGGCACAGAAUCUAGCAGAGGAACACAAUAUGAGACAACACUGCAAGCAUCAUGUACAUUUGAAUGAAGCGUUGCUAUGAAAAGCCGGGAUCUCCUAGUACAUUAUGAAUCUAUGAUAAUGAACCAUCUGCAUAUCUGUGUACAGUAUGUGUCUAUAGUGUGCCUAAAUGUUCCGUCAACUCUAUUUUCAUAUUGUUCAUUAACAAAAGAUGAGGAUCAAAAAGAAUGUCAUGGUCAUUUUAGACUGAAGAGAACUCUAAAGACUCUGGAGCCAGAGAACUCUAAAGACUCUGGAGCCAGAGAACUCUAAAGACUCUGGAGCCAGAGAACUCUAAAGACUCUGGAGCCAGAGAACUCUCAAGACUCUGGAGCCAGAGAACUCUCAAGACUCUGGAGCCAGAGAACUCUCAAGACUCUGGAGCCAGAGAACUCUCAUGACUCUGGAGCCAGAGAACUCUCAAGACUCUGGAACCAGGGGUAGGUUCUAGAAGCUGGGGUGAUCAACCCUCCUCCUGGAGAACUUUUUCUCCAACCCUGCUCUAUUCUAACACACCCAAUUUAACCAAUCAAGGUGUUGAGGAGGAGCAGCAGCUGUUUAGCAGGACCAGGUGUGUUAGAGCAGAAUCCUGCUCAGGAUGGGUAGCUCUCCAGGAGCACAGUUGGAGACUCCUGUUCUGGGGUCCUUUUUUUUUGCAUCAUGCUUAUCAAACUAUUCCUUUGGAAACGCUGAACUCAGAUCAGUAUAACACUAAUAAUAAAAUGGUAACUGACCAC